AUGGCUACCAAGAGAAAAAAUCCCAUAGAAAACACAAAUACAAGUAAAAAGCUUCAAACCCUAGAGUACUAUGAAUCAAGGGAAGAUGAUCAUGAUCGUGACCGAGACGACAUCACAAUACCUAGCUUUCCGGACCUUGUUAUCGACCAAAUCCUCCAACACCUUCCCACUACACUUGCCGUCAGCGUGAGCAUAUUUUCCAAGCAAUGGAAAGGUGUAUGGUCUUCGGUCCCCGUAUUAGAUUUUGACGAGGGCGAGCCCUAUGAUAACGACGAAAAGCUCGAAAAUCUUCGACGGAAGAAGUUCAUUAAAUUCUUGAGAGGGUGUUUGAAAUUUCGUGAGGAAGACAAGUCCUUAGAUAAGUUCAGGCUUCGCAUGAGAUACCGUGGGAAAAGUAGAAACAUAGAAAAGUGGUUGAGCUUUGCAAUUGAGAGAAGCGUCAAAGUGUUAGAGAUCAGUCUUCCAAGAAAACCUAAAUUCAAAUACUAUUGCCUAUCCAAGACCAUUCUUAAUGCAAAAUCUGUAACAACCUUAAAUUUGGAGAGUUUGAGAAUAACUGAUGACAGCACUUCUCAUCCCAUAAGCCUUCCAUCUGUGAAAACUUUGUCACUCAAAACUGUGCACUUUGGUCGCCGGGCUUUCUCCAAUUUAAUUUCACGGUGCCCUUCUAUCGAGUGCUUGACACUAACUUCGUUGUUGUGGGAUUUCUAUGGUCGUCUCUGCGGCACGGGGGCAAUGCGUGCUCCCAGCCUGCUAUUGAUACUGGCUACUGAGUUAUAUGCCCUGAAAAUUGGAACUUUCUUUGCAGUGGAUGCUUCCUUUUCUCCACUUCUAGUUGAGUCUGAUUCCUUGAGUGCUAUUCAACUCCUUCUUAAUAAGGAGGAGACCUGCUACGGGGUGGAAGGAGCUCUUGUGGACAAACUCCACUGGCUACUUGCUUCUUCGUUGUCCCUCUCUGUGAAGGAAGUUGAGGUUCCACCCCAAAACCAAUUGGCAGUGGGGGGAGUAGCCAAACUCCUUAUAAGCCCUUGCUAG